AUGACACUGGCUAAAGGACCAAUCGUUUUAAUUUCCCUCCUGGUUGCUAUGGCUUUGGGUGGUUCCUACGUUGUAUGGAACAUGAAAAGCGGAGGCGCCAAGGAGGUUGCAGCUCCAGCCGCUCAGGGCUCUAGAUUUCCAGCCGGAUCUCACUCUGGAAUUGAUGAACCAGAGCCAGAGCCUGUACCAGCUCCAUCAUUCGGAGAUCUGCCAGAGUUGGGUAGACUCCAGUUUCUUGUAAAGGCUGGUGGUUCUGAGUUGGAGACUGUUGUUGCCAAGGCACCAGUUGUUACUGACUUGAAGGGUUUUGAGGGACACACUCAUAGGUUGUCUACUCCUGCAGUUUUUGCUGAAGCUGAAUCACACGGUCGUCUUCUCGACGGUCUUCCAGCUGAGGCUAUUUCUGCUGUUGUAGUUUACUUUUGGGUUGAGACACCACUGUUGUUGAGGUUGGAAGUCGCUGGUACUGAGGGUGCAGCAAAGAAGUUUGUCUACUUUGUGAAUGCAGGUGAGCAUGGAGCUCCUGCAUGGGAAUUGUUACCAACUUCCGCUGAUGGCGCCGCUUUGACUGAUGAAGAACUCAAGGCAAAGCUUGCCGAGAUUAAUGUCAGAUUGGGCAACAUAGGUGCAGCCAAUGUUUCAAGAGUUCUUGAUGCUGAUUCUGGUGAUAGUUAUGUCGUGACGCACGACGGUCGUGAUGUUACUGUUAGCUUGGCCAAACAAAGCAAUUCAUCACUCGGAUUUACCCUCCUUUUCCACAGUUUUCCACAUCCAUCGAUACUUGGAAAAUUGUUUGAUGACAGAUCUGGAGUAACCUUCCCCGCUUCUCUUCCUUCUGAUCCACUUUUGGGUCUCUCUGUCUACUUGUGGAAUGGUGUUCCAUUGCUGAUUAAGUUGGACUUUUAUGAUCCAUUGAUGGUUGACAAUGUUUAUUAUGUAUUCAAGGGAAAUGUCUGGGAGGUCUUGACAGAGGGUGUGGAUACUGCUAAGGUAAAUGUCACAAGGAGGUUAACAAAUAGAGAAAUUGAAGAUUUGAUCGAUAAGCUUAACUUUGACUUGAGUGGAUUCGUGAAUUUGCAUCUUGACAAGAAAGAGAGUUACACUCAUUUAUCCAAGGCAAAUAUCACUGUGACAGAUGACCCUAAAGAUGGUGCGACUGUUUCUGAAAUUCCUACUGGUUACAAAAGAUUUUCGCACGCUAAGAACCCAGCCGCCUCUGAUGGUACUUUUACUGUUGGUAAAUAUUUUUAUGAGGGUACAUUGGCGUACGGUUUACCUAAAGUUCCUGUAAAGAAGAUAGAUGUAUUUUUUAAGGACGGGUCAGAAUUCCCCCUUUUGAUUCAAGCCCUUUUACCUCCCGCAAAAGGGGAAAGUUCUGAUAGGACAGUUAAUUAUCAGAACAAUGGUAAUGGAGUUUGGUCAGAAUUUUCACUCGAUUCUGUUGCUGUAAAUAAGACCGAAGGAAAUGUAACUACUGCCAUGAAAUUGGAAGCAAAGUUCACUGAAUUGAAGAGGGAUUUUGGUAAUCUUAUUUCUCUUAAAAUUGAUGGGAAAGUUUCUUAUGAACUUAACAAAAAACCAGGCUCAGAUAAUUCUGUAGAAUAUAUUGAUGUGGAAAUUAUUGAGUCUCCGCUAGAUUUCUUUGGAUUUUCGCCAUAUGUUCAUGUGUUAUCACAUAAAACAAAGUCCAGUAACCCUGAUAAAGUGGUUGUUAAUGAUACUUCUGUCUUUACUGUCGACAAACUUACCCUCGGUGACCAACAACUUUUUGGUCUUCAAAUUGGUAAGGCGUCGAAAAUGACAGUUUACUGGUUGAAUGACAAGGUCCCCGUACUUGCUGAUGUUUAUGAUAGGGCUACUCAUAAGUACUUUGUUCAUAUGAAUGAUGGAAAUAGAUGGGCUUUGCAUGGUGUAUUCCAAGAUGCACUCGACGAUCACGCACUUUCUGCACUCCUCUUCACUAUUAGAGAUAAGAUUGGUAAUCCAAUCGACCUGGAUGUGGGAUAUAUUCGUGAUAACUUUAAAUACCUGACAAAUGGAGUUACUGUUAAAGUUGAAAAAACUCUCAAGCAAUCUUUGGAAGGAUAUGAUAUUUAUACACACACUUCAUCAUCUAAUGCUGCUAAUCUAAAGGUUGGAAAAUUGUUAUAUCAAAGAUCCCUACAAUCUAUAGAUUUAUCUGAGUUGCAUAAUGAUUCCGUUCAUAAAGUUCACGUCUACUGUAAGAAUGAUGCUCCGUUGUUGUUGGAAUUUGUAUCAAAACAUUCUUACUUCUUUUUUAACAACUGGGAUGGGUCUUGGUCACCGGUAAAGUUUGAUGAUGCUUUAGGAGAUAAGCUAAAAGAGAAGUUAACAGAUAUAGCUGAUAAGGCCUCCAAGGUUACGUUCUUGGAUCUAUCUAGGGAGGGAGAAUACACAGCUCAUACGCUCACCAUUGCUGUGAAAGAGGUCAAUAAUAAUGGUUUGUCAGGAUAUAAGAAGUUGACACAUACUAAGAAAGAGCCAACUUCUGCUAUCUCUGUGAGGAAGUUUGUUGACGGUAAUUUUUUGCAACGUGGAUUGCCUGUGGGAGUAGAAUUUACAGAAUUUUCUGUCUUCAAGGAUGGAAAAGGUACUCCACUUGUUGUAGAAAUUGUAAAACCUGUAGCUGGUGCUGCUGGAGGUAAUCCAGCGCCUACUGAACAUGUUUAUUUUAGGCAUGAUGGUUUUGGAGUUUGGGUGGAAAUCGAUAAUAAACCUAAUAAAGGUUCUGCUGCAGCUGUGAAUGUUCUGAAAUGGUUAUUAUCUAUUGUGGACAAUGAUUUGCAGAGGCAUUUCGUUUUGGAUAUUGGUAACUUUAAACCUUAUCAGGUUGAUAAGCGAAAUGUCACUGUAGAAUCAUCUGAGUUUGAUCUUCCUCUUAUUGCACCCUUAACUUCAUCCACGGCUCCUGCUAAAUCAGUCAAAAUUACAAAGUGUACUCAUAAAGUACCCAAGGGAGAUGGUCAGCAAGCCACUUUUGGUACAUUUAGAUUAGAGAGUUUGGAACACAAUAGCUUAGAUUUAUUUGUUUCUGAACUUCCGUUACCUUAUGUUGAAUCCGUCACAGCAUUCUACAAGAAGGACGUUGAUAUGAUUCCCCUUCUUGUUGAAGUUGUUUCAAGGAUAGAAAAUGAUAAGAAAUACCAUUAUUUUCAUGUAAAUAAAAGAGGAAUAUGGGUUAGAUAUGUUACACUCGAUGCAGAGCUUGUUGGUGAUUCUUUGAAUAAAAAAUUGCGCGCCAUAUCUGAAAGAUUAGGAAGAUUGGUUACACUGAAAAUAGGGACUAUCCCCGCUACUAAGGAUCAGGCUGUUUAUAGUAAUGAGGAUGCUAUGGUAACAAUCACAGGGCCAAGAUCACCAAUUAACGGUAUCAAGAAGUAUACUCAUGAGCCAUCACCUAAGACUGCAGCUGAGGAUCCUGAUGCUGUAUUUACUAUUGGUAAGAUGAAGGUGGGCCAAGAUGAAGUUGGUGGUCUUUUCUUUGGCCAGGUAGUUCGUGCCCAUGUAUAUUUCCAUGGAGAGGAACCAAUACUUGUGGAGGUUUACACUGGAUACAAGAGCUUGUAUUUUGCCAGAGAUGCUCAAGACCAAUGGUGGGAAGAAGUUAUUACCGAUAAGACCUUUAACAAAUUUCUUGGAGAGUUUCAAAAGAAAUUUGUAGCUGAGCACAAGCCUAAGACUGUUGAUGAUGCCACCUCAAACCUCAGGGGUGAUGAAGCUAAAGAUACUGUUAGAGCAGAUGCGAGCAGAGAAUCUGACAGCAAUCAGCAGCUCAAUACUCAAACAGGAACUGGACAACCAGCUGGAGCGCCAAAUCAGGAAGCUACAAGAUCAUCUGAAGUAUCAACAACGGGUUCUUCAGGUCAACACUCGGCUUCUACUGAGGAUUCUUCUGCGGUGCAAACUACUUCAACCGGUGUAGAAGGAGUACCCGGUGUUGUUACACCAGCAGCUGCCGCUGCAGCUAAGGCUGCGUAA